AUUCGAUGAUCAGUCACUUGAUGUUGUUUGGAGUGUAAAGUUAUAACUCUUGGAGCAGUGGCUUGGAAAUCCAGUCUUUUUUAGAAGAUCCUUGAAUAUGGUACACAAGCUCGACCUCGUUAUAGAUGGCUCGACAAAGGAAGGAUUGUUCAAGGGAGCUACAGAGAUAAUUAAGAGUGUGCGAACCGACUGGGAUCAUGAUAAACUACAGUUCAAACUAUACACAGAUGGGAUUACCAACCAGCUGGUAGGGGUUUGGUAUGAUGACCGAGACAAACAGAUCCUCGUGCGAGUUUAUGGCAACAAAACUGAAAUGUUCAUAGAUAGAGAUGCAGAGAGGAGGAAUAUUGAGGUGCUUCACAAGGCAGGGUGUGGUCCUGAACUACUGGCAAUAUUUUCCAAUGGUGUAAGCUACGAAUUUACAAAGGGAAAUCCCACGUCUGAGGAUGACGUUCUCCAGGAACCGAUUUGGAAGGACAUUACUAGGGAAUUAGCCAAAUUGCAUCACAUUAAGGAAGGAAGUGGAAAGCCCAUGCUCUUCCCAAAGUUAAGGCAUUUCCUGAGUCUGCUUCCCGAUGCCAUGAAUGAUGCCACACAGCAGCAGAGAUUAGUUGACAAGGGCUACACUAAGAGUAAGUUGGAAGAAGAAGCAAACCUCUUGGAAAGUCGCUUAGGUAGCUUAGGGUGCCCUAUUGUUUUCUCGCACAAUGACAUCCUUUUGGGUAAUGUGAUCUGGGACGAAUCGGCGAAGAAGGCUAGCUUUAUUGACUAUGAGUAUGGAGCUUCUAAUUAUCAACCCUAUGACAUUGCCAAUCAUUUCAACGAGUUUGUUGGAGUGGAAAACAUUGACUACAACCGAUACCCAAAUGAGGAGUUCCAACGAAACUGGAUAAGGAGCUACCUUUCCCACUACCAGAAUGUAUCACCAGAGAAAGUGGAAGAGAGUCAGAUCAGGCAGUGGUAUGUCUGGGUGAACAAGUUUGCCCUUGCAUCUCAUGUCUUCUGGGGGGUAUGGGCUCUGCUGCAGGCAUGCCACUCCUCUAUUGACUUCGACUUUUUUGGUUAUGCUCUGAUCCGGCUGGAUGAAUACACAAAGAGAAAGGAGGAGUGUCUGGCGCUUACUAGUGAAGAAUCUUAACUGCAAUAUAAUAAAGUGCAUGUUUUAGGAUUUCUGGUGAGGGUGCCAUAAUUAAUUAAGGUAUUCAUGAAUUUCUGGAUGAGUAAUGUCAAGAUUCAUAAUGAAUGCAUACUGUAUAUACUGUACUUAAUUAUGUUUGAGUAAUUACCUGUUUUGGAAACUGUCUCAGGUGCUGCUACUUUUCUACAUUUUGGAUUAUUAAAGAUUAAUAUAACCUUGUAAUAAACUAAUGAUUAACGUUAACAGUAUCAUAUUUGAUAUUUUAGCUGGUAUAAAUUAGGUGGUAGUGUUAAGUAACUGGAACAUGAAAGCUUUGUUCUGGUAUUUGCCAUUUUUCCAGUGAGGUUUGCUGUCAUUUUUGUCCUUUGUUUGGAAAUGUUGUAUCUUAACAUCAGUAAAAAAUGCUUGUGUUGUAAAAUAUCAGGUGAAUUUGUGGUGCAGAAUUGUGGCUUAUCUGAUGUUUGCAUUUGUUAGUAUUUGCAAGGCAUUAGCAGUUACCUUUAUGUUUCUAAAAAUACCUUACCAUGUGCUACUGUGUAGUCUUUAACCUUUGUUGGUGAUGUGAUAAUAAAAUAUUUGGUUUUG